AUGGAGAACGGACAGCCUUGUGAAAACGUACAGCCCGUGGAUGGACACCAAUCCGAAGAGGACUACCCUGAAGCGAAGAUCCCUGAAUACAGAGCCGAUGUCGAGAGGAAAAAGAAGUCGGGAAAGUACGAACAAGAAUACCAUAUCGGUCAAAAAGUCAAAGUGAGAGAAAAAGUCGGCGGGGUCAGCAGAAUGAUUACGGUCACGGUGCACAAGGCGCAAGAGACUAAACGCAAAGGCUGGGAGUAUCAGUUGAAAACAGCCUCGGGACCGCUUUUCGGAAACGGGGCUUGGGUCAAGGAGGAGGACAUCAGAUCAUGA